UCGGAAUGCGGACCAAUCACAUCGUGGACUCUGCGCCGCGGAAUAUUUGAGUGGUCGGGCAGUGCUGAGGGCCGGCCUUUUCCCUCUUUGUAUUUCAUAGUUUUCCCAAUGGAACUGUGGUCGGUGGUUCCUUUAGUCUGGCUGCGGAGGCCCAAGCGAACCCCGUAGCUUUUUGUCAACAUGAGUGGCAGGCCUAGGACUCUCUUCCAGACUUGGGGCUCCAGGGUCACACGUUCUAUCCGCUCCUCAUCCGGGGACGGCUCUGGAGGCAGACGGCCGCAGGGCCUCGGGGCCUGCGUCCCGGCAGUGGUGGAGGAGCCGGAGCCGGAGCCGGAGCCGCCGGAGGACGACGAUGAAGUGCUGCUGGUGGCAGUAUACGACGCCGAGCAGCGUUCGGACGGAGGCGCGAGCCCCGCUUCCCCGGGUCCCCUGGAGGACAGCGGCUUCUGCUCCGCCGCCGGGGCCGUGUGGAUCUAUCCCACCAACUUCCCUGUGAGGGACUACCAGCUGCGCAUCUCGGAGGCGGCCUUGUCCUGCAACACCCUGGUCUGUCUGCCCACCGGGCUGGGGAAAACCUUCAUUGCUGCCGUCGUCAUGUACAAUUUCUACCGCUGGUUCCCCUCUGGCAAAGUGGUCUUCAUGGCCCCCACCAAACCCUUGGUCGCGCAGCAGAUCGAAGCCUGUUCCCGGGUGAUGGGCAUCCCGCAGCGCCACAUGGCUGAGAUGACAGGUUCUACUCAAGCCUUCGCCAGGAAGGAAAUAUGGCAUAAUAAAAGAGUUCUUUUUCUUACUCCUCAAGUUAUGAUAAAUGACCUUUCUCGUGGAGCCUGUCCUGCUGUUAAAAUUAAAUGUCUAGUUAUUGAUGAAGCUCAUAAAGCUCUUGGAAACUAUGCCUAUUGCCAGGUGGUAAGGGAACUAGUUAAAUAUACGAAACACUUUAGAAUAUUGGCUCUCAGUGCUACACCUGGCAGUGACACGAAGGCUGUGCAACAGGUUGUUUCAAAUCUAUUAAUUGGACAGAUAGAGCUUCGUUCUGAGGACUCUUCAGAUAUUUUGCCCUUCACUCAUGAAAGACGAAUAGAAAAAAUUGUUGUUCCCCUUGGAGAAGAACUUGUAACAGUUCAGAAUACAUAUAUACAGGUAUUAGAAGCAUUUGCUAGUCGCUUGAUGAGAGUUAAUGUUCUAAUGAGAAAGGAUAUACCCAAUCUUACAAAAUUUCAGAUAAUUUUAGCAAGAGAUCUAUUUAGGAAAAACUCAUCUCCUCAUACUCUGGGUGGACAACAAGGCAUCAUUGAAGGAGAUUUUGCUAUAUGCAUUAGUUUAUAUCAUGGUUAUGAAUUACUACAACAAAUGGGAAUGAGAUCCUUAUAUAUUUUCCUUUGUGGGAUUAUGGAUGGAACUAAAGGUAUGACUCGAACCAAAAAUGAACUUAGCAGGAAUGAACAAUUCAUGGAACUCUUUGAACAACUAGGGAACAUGUUUUCAGACAGGAAUACAACUUCAGAAAUUGUUGAUGGGAAUCCCAUCCAAAGAGGGCACAAUGAUAAAAAAUUUAUCUAUAGCCAUCCGAAGUUAAAAAAAUUAGAAGAAGUUGUAGUUGAACAUUUCAGAACCUGGAAAGAUCAAAAUUCAACUGAAAAAAAAUGUGAUACCAGGGUUAUGAUCUUUUCAUCAUUUCGAGACAGUGUUCAAGAAAUUGCAGAAAUGCUUCACCAUCAACCAACUGUUAGAGUUAUGACUUUUGUUGGUCAUGCUUCAGGGAAAAGCACAAAAGGUUUAACACAGAAGGAACAACUUGAGGUUGUAAAACAAUUUCGUGAUGGUGGUUAUAACACAUUGGUCUCUACAUGUGUUGGGGAAGAAGGUUUAGAUAUAGGAGAAGUUGAUCUAAUAAUCUGUUUUGAUGCUCAGAAGAGUCCAGUUCGUCUUGUGCAGCGAAUGGGCAGAACUGGCCGCAAACGUCAAGGCCGGAUUGUUGUUAUUCUUACAGAAGGAAGAGAAGAAUGUGCUUAUAACCGAAGUCAAUCUUGCAAAAGAAGUAUUUAUAAAGCUAUUUCUGGUAACAGUAGGGCCUUUAAUUUUUAUCAAGGAAGUCCACGUAUGAUUCCUGAUGGAAUUUACCCAAAGUUACACAAAAUGUUCAUUGCUGAGGAAAUUUAUGAACGCUCAAAGCAAUCUAAAAUAAACAAAAACUCAUCUGUCUUUUCAUUUGGAAAUGAAAUGAAGCAACGCAAUUCAAAAGAAAGUUGGUCCUUAACAGAAGAAGAAUUUAAGUUAUGGAACAAGCUGUACAGAUUAACAGAAAAUGAUGAAAUUAAGGAAAUAAUAUUGCCCAGAGCUAAGUUUGAAUCUUUACAAGAUGAAGAUAUAUUUAAUUGUGAAUCAAGAGCUGGAAGCUAUCAACUGUCUUUGUCUGAGUGGCGAAUUUGGCAAAAUUGUCCUUUUCCUACCUACCAAGUUGACCAUUCUGAUCGCUGCUACCACUUCAUAAGUGUUAUGAAAAUGAUAGAUGAGAUAAGAAACGAAGAGGAUGAAUGCAGCUAUGAAUUGGAACUUAAACCCUACUUACAAAUAGGAGAAAUUAGUUCAACAUCAAAUGGUCUCAGGAAUAAAUAUGCUUCUUCUGCCUCAGCCAACACUACUACUCUACAAAAAUCUUCAUUCAAAAGGAAUAUGAAACAAUAUUGUUCAUCUUUAUUAAUAGAUUUUGAUGAAGAAUAUGCCCAAGAAUUUAAAUCUGACAAAAACUUUCAUUUAAAAACCAAAGUCCUUAAGGAUGUGACAAAAGAUCAGCUUAAAGCAAGCAAUAAUGACAUUAGUAAUUCCCUAAUAACUGAAGUACAUCCUGUUGUUAAUUGUGAUUUUCAGGAAGCACCACUAGCUGAUAAAGGGUCAUUAGAUGUAGUCAGUAUUGCAAAUACAAGCACUGCCCAUGAUCAACUACAUGAAUUAUUGGUAGAGUGCCCACCAGUAGAUAAACCUGAAAGUUCAUUUGUUAGAAACCAUAUAGAAUCUGGUUAUGAUGAUUUUUCUGAUGGAAAAAAAAGUAUUUUAACUAGCAUGUUUUAUCUUUCAGAAGAAGAUCCUUACUUACUUAAAACAGAUGCUCAGUUGUAUGACAACUGUCUCUUCCUGACCAAAGAAACACUUAACAAUGUAGAAAGAUUUUUAUCACAAUCUCCUCCUCCUCUAGAUGUACUCUCUACUUUGGAAGAUGAAAUGCUAAGGACAUCUUCGUUUAAAAAUUUAGAAGAGGAUAUAUCCAGUUACUCUGAUAUGAUAUUUGAUAAAUCUACUUGUGACAAACAUGAGAAUGAAAUGCAAAUACAUGUCCAAAAUGACAAAAUAGCAAUUGUUGAUCAUGCUGAAAUAAAUGGAUCUCCUGAAAAGUGUUUAGUUAAAAAAAACAACAGUGAGAUUUGUAAGACUUUGAUGAAACAAUUAGAUAUUGACCAAAGUCAGGAAAGACAGUUUUUUGAUGAUACUUCUUCUGAAUUUAAUCAGGUGAGCCUGAGCCCUCUUUAUUUAAAAAAUAACUCUAGAUGUUUAUCUUCAUCAGAUGGAGCUGUUACGAGUGAUGUAUUACAGAUAUCUUCAUUCCACAUUUCUGAUGAGUGUUUGCUAGACUGUAAUUCAGAAACCAAAAUUCCAUUAAUUCACAAUACCAAGAUUGAGACUUCUCUUGAAGAUUUGAAAGGAGCAGACAAAGAAAAAUCCCAGAAUGAUGAUGAUAUUUUUGACUGUUCUAAAGAGCUAUUCUCUGUUAAUUUUGACUUGGGAUUUUGUAGUCCAGAUUCUGAUGAGGAAAAAUCAGAGCUGGCAGAAGAUGUAAAUAAAAAUAAUAAUUUAAUAGUAGAUCUCUCUGGCACCCAUAUCAAUAUCACACAGGUAGCUACAAAUAAUGGCCCACGUAAAGAAUCUACCCCAAGAACUUAUGAUAAAAGUAAUAUUAGAAGUGUUUCUACAGCAUUGAUGUUACAUAAUCAAAACCCAUAUUGUAUACUUUCUCCACUGAGAACAACAAAAGAAAAAGAAUUUGAGUCUCCUGGCAAUUCUUCAACUUCCUCAAUUUCUUCACCACUAGGAGAAAAUGUUAUAAGCACUCCACUCUGUAAACCAAAUCCAACGAAUUCAUUUUCUACAAUAACCCAAGAGGUUUUUGAGUUAGCUGCCAAGAAAAAAACAAAUCUAAGAGGCAUUAAAAAAAUCUUGAAUUCCACUUUUGAUAAAGUGGGAAUUACAAUAGAAAAGACUGAAAGCAACGAACAGAUGAAUCUGUUUGAAUCUUGCCAUCAUUCUGACGAAGAAAAUAGCAUUGGAAGUGAAGAUGAUGUGGUUUUCCAAAGAAAGAGUAAAAAACUGAAAAAGGAUCAUCUGAAAUCCCCCAAAGUUGGGAAGAACAGUGAUGUUGAAUCUCCUCUUUGUGCUACCAAGAAAUGUAGGCGUGUACUGAGUACAUCAGACUCAUCUAGUGAUGAAAGUACAGAUUUUCAUAAACCAGUUCUAACUCAAGAUGAUUUCCAGAACAAUACCAGGAAUCCUUUAAAACCUGUGAGAGCCCUAAAAAGUUAUAGAAAUCUAAAGCAUGAAGCCAGGCACUUUUUAGAUGAAGAAGCAGAGAUUUCAGAAGAUGCAGAAACUAUUUCAUCUGAUGAAAGUGAAAAAUCAGAAAAUGAACAAGAUUCCUCACUACUUGGCUUCCUAAAUGAUGGGACUCAGCUUUCACAGGUUCUAAAUGAUUCUGAGAUGAAAAGUGUUUAUCUACAAUCUGUUCGCAGUCCAUUGGUAGGGAAUAUGUAUAAAAUGGUUCACAAGAAAUAUGAUUCCAUGAAUAUUUUCUCACAGAUUCCUGAACAAGAUGAAACUUAUGUUGGAGAUAGCUUCUGUGUUAGUGAUGAGGAAGAACAUUCUAUCAAUGAUUCAAGUGAAGAAGUAUGUGUUGAUUUCAGCUUAAUAAAUGAAGAUAGCUUUGUUGAUGGAAGGAAAAAAUAUCAUACACGUUCAGCAAAAUUAAAGCGAAUUAAGACACAGAAAAAUUUUGCAUUUAAAAAAAAGAAAGGAUCCAGAAUUAUUAUACCUGAAGAUUCAAGUGAAGAAGAAGACAUUGUUAAAAUUAAUGAUCAAGCAGAAUCUGAUAAUGUAAUUGUUGGCAUUUGUAGUAAAACAGAAAAACAAGAUGAUUGUUUCCAAAAAUCACUACUUUUUGGGUCUUUGAAGAGAGAUGAAGUACUUGCUGAACCGAAUGUUGUUAAUAAUUCAAUCAAGGAGGGACAAAAGAGACCACUUAAUAUCAAGUGCUCAGUUUCUAAUGCUCUAGACACAAAACCCCAAUGUAAUUAUAAAAUUAGAACUUUAUCAAAUGCUGAUUCUCCAAAAGACUGCACAAAUUUUGCAGCCCAGCCCAAGCUUAAUAAUGAUAUGGAAGAUGUUAAUUCAGAACCUUUAGUGUUGCAUGAUUCCAGUUCAAUUGAAAAUUUGGUUCUGACACCUCCUUCACUUGGACUUCCAGAGAAAAGGCAAAGAAAUUGUAUUCUUGUGGAUAGCCGGGAAAUCGCCUCUGGUUCAGAAGUAAUUUCCUCUUUGAGAACCAUUCAUGGAUUAGAAGUGGAAGUUUGUCCACUCAAUGGCUGUGAUUACAUUGUUAGCAACCGAAUGGCUGUGGAAAGAAAAUCUCAAUCAGAGAUGAUAAACAAUAUGAAUAGAUGUAAACUUAUUGAGAAGAUUCAGUAUUUACAAAAUAUAUUUGAAAGAAUAUGUGUGAUUGUGGAAAAAGACAGAGAAAAAACAGGCGCUGCUUUGAAAGUGUUUCAAAGGACCAAGAGUUAUGAUAGCCUUUUAUCUGCCUUAAUUGGUGCUGGAAUUCGAAUUCUUUUCAGCUCCUGCCAGAAAGAAACUGCCGAAUUGAUUAAAGAAUUGGCUUUAGUAGAACAGAGAAAGAAUGCUGGUAUUCAUGUUCCCAUAGCUGUGAAAGAUAACAAACGUGAUAUGUUCCAGUUCUAUCUAAGUAUUCCCAAUAUAAGCUAUGUAACAGCUCUAAAUAUGUGUCACCAUUUUUCAUCCUUGAAAAAGAUGACUAACAGCUCAAUUGAAGAAAUCUCUCUGAAUGCACGAGUAUGUCAUCAGAAAGCUGAGGAAAUCUUUCAUUAUAUUCACUAUAUCUUUGAUAUACAGAUGUUACCAGAUAUCAUUAAAAAUGGCAGACUGAAAUAAGAUAUAUCAUACCAAACAACUUAGGAUGGAAUCAUCAAAUACACAAAAAGAAAAAGAAUUCCUACAAACAAAUAUGCUUACAUAAUAAUUGUUAUUUUCCAUUUUAUGGAAUGAAUUGUAUAAAUAAGAAAAUAUUUCUCUUUUAAGCUAAGUAUAUGUAUAUAUGUUAUCCCUGGGUAUUUUUUUUUAAGCACUCAUAAGCACUUAAUUUGCCUAAACUAUUAAAAGUUAGGAAUUUUUUGUGAGGUAAGAAGAAUGAAGUACAGGUUGCUCUAGUAUGUAGGAACAAGAGAAUUAUAAUAAA